AUGACACCGCCAUCUCGGUCCUGGAAUGGCUGCGUCCGUUGCAGGAAGCGACGACAAAAGUGUGGGGAGCAGAAGCCGCAAUGCGUUCGAUGUGAGAAGGACAAGGCGGCUUGUUCUUACCAGAAACCACUGAGAUUUGGCGGCCGCCCGUUUGGUCAGUCGCGAUUCGGGGCCUGUCUUUCAAAGAAAGCUGGAGGUGCCCGAAAAGCCGUGACCACCGAUGGAGGAUUUGUAUACACUUCGGUGUCAGCAACCAACGCUGCUACGCCAGAGACACCGCCGCUCAGACAGGCUGCCAGGGCAGAGACAGAGUCAGCGGUGGCGGAGCUCGCGGCUGAGGAGGAGACGUCCUUGGAAGUGCUCCAAGUGAGUGAAGGGGGGCCCAGUCUGAUUCCCAGCCACGUCGACAUGCUGUCAUUCAUUCCUUGGAACAAUCGCGCCCUCCUUCAGUACUUCACUUGCAACGCUUCUAUGGCUCUGGCUACACACACCAUUGUCCAUCGAGAGGUCUGUGAAUUGAUAUUGCCCAUGGCCCUUUGUAAUCCCGCUCUCCUUCAUGCCACUCUGGCCCUCGCUGCUAUUCAUCGGAAUUCAUUGACAUCCACCACUGAAAAUGAGAUGGAUGGCCGCGCUCAAAGACUGGUCACCCAGUUGAUGGCUACUAGUAUUCGCCAUCUGCGACAUGAGCUCCAAGACCCAAGAUCAAGUCCACUGGCAGCCAAAGUGGCCACUACUCGAACGCUAUUUCUGUGUGAAGCCAUCUCUGGAUCUCACUCUCUUCGUGCUUGGAGAGCUCAUUUCCAGGGAGCACGAGCUCUCUUGUCCUCCCGCGAGAGAUCCUUCGAUGACGUGGGAGGGUUUGAACAGGAUCCAUCACUUCUUUUUCUGCAGCGGUGGUACAAAAUCACUGAAGCGUUGGUUGCUAUCACAACCGAGGGGCUGCUGGCGGGCCAAAUAGCCUGUAGUGGACCACGGGCUCUCAUUGGUGAGACCGAAGGUGCAGAUGUCUGUAUCGACAUGUACACCGGCUGUGCGGGAGACAUUUCUACGGUGUUUCGAGAGAUCGGAGCGGUGGCUUGGGAAAGACGGCGUGCAGCUGAUGACUCAGGCCGACAUCCCAGGCUAUCUGAACAAGAUUUCCUCCGCGAAGCCGAUCUCUUGGACAGGUCCGUCCGAAGGAUGAUUGAACGUGAUAGGGCCCGAACAACAGUAUUCAAUAUUUCUGGCGCUCGCGAUUUAACUGUGGAGGAAUCUAAGGAAUUCUUGCUCUGCAACGAGGCUUACCAACAUACCGCGCUCAUUCACAUUCAUCGACGGAUUCGGCGGCUCCCACCCCAUGCUGCGGUCGUUCAAGAGUCUGUCCGGAGGAUCGUUGAAUGUGUCGAGAGCAUCAGACCAGCCGCAACCUUGUCCCCCUUGACCCUACUGACCACGCCUCUGUUCACUGCCGGUUGCGAAGCAACAGGUGCUGAACGUUGCAAGAUCGCGCAGCUACUGACAAAUAUGUUCACCCUUUUACGUCUACCGAACAUGAAACGGGCGUUGCAAGUGCUUCAAGCCUUUUGGCGUGCAUCGGAAGCUUCCGGAGAUGAUUGGGAGGACUUCUCGCGUCAACGGAACUGGGAUUUCCUGCCAUACUGA